CUGUAAGUAGACAGUACAUCUGACAAGCGUAGAAAAAGUUCAACAAGAGCCGCCAUAUUGAGUGUUGGAGAUAGCGUUCAAUUUCGUAUCAAUUCUUGAAAUUGUGGCGUCUGAUGUUAAUAAAGGACCUAUUUUGCGUAAAUUGUAGGGUGAGAUUGUUGAAGAGUUGAUAAUUUUGACCGAUGUUUGUUAUGAAAGUGUGUAAAAGUGCCAAACCGGAGUAAUUCUCUUCGAGAUCAUUGUGCGGUCCCGACAGAAGAUGGUGAGAGGCAACCGUGAAGUAUAGUCGACCAGUCUCAUUACUGAUAGUUCAUUAUGGCUGAUGGUUGACUAUUGUUUAAUAAAUAUGUGCCUUGUGGGAUGCAUCGACUAUCGAACACUCAGUAUAUUGACUCUUUGGCGCUCUUUCUUUUAUAUUUUUGCAAAUAAAGUAAAUGUUUUAUGUUGAAAGUACGAUAAAUAGUGAUUAUUAGUUUACUAAUUCGGUAAGCCGUAGCAUUGGGCCAGCGCUCGGCUCUGGCUUGGUAAACAGGAGAUCAUAACAAUUUUGCUAUGGCUGAUCAUCUUGUAGAUGGACCGCCAAAUGCAAAGCGGCCCAAAUUGGAUGCCUUUCAGGGCUCCACAGACACUUCUGCUUACAACAACUAUGGCCUGAGCUCCAGACAAGGUAUGACACCCCCACUUGGUGGUAGCCUUUCCAACUCGCUGCAGCAUUGGAACAAUUACCAUCCACAAAAUGUUUUAUCUAACAUGGACAUGUUCGAUCUUGAGAACAAUUUGCCCGACGAACUUAUGUCCUCAUCAAGCUGGGGUAUCACUGAUAACAUGGGCACCAGCAAACCCCCCGCUCAAGGACCAGGCCCUGGUAAUAUGCAAAACGGAAUGGACACAAGUGAUAAUACAGCAAACUCGAAUCUUAGACAAAUGCAGCUAAACCAUAUUUUACAACAGAACAAACAGAGCCUUGUUGGCAACGCCCUGGCAAUGGCCGGUGCUCAAUUGGGCAGUAAGAGCCCAAAUUUGCAAUCACCUCCCAAUGUGUCGGUUGCCAAGGGCAACGUAGUAGAUCAAAUGAACCUCGGCAGUUUGCCUUCUAGCAUAGCGAACAGCGCCGGUUUGCAAUCGAUGGCAAACAACGGCAGUUCAUCGCAAGUUAUGAGUUCCAUACAAGGAAUGAAUAAUAAUGCUGGAGGAAACAUGAUUAUGACGAAUAGUAACAUGGGUUCCUUGACCGGUAUGGCUGGUGGGGGCCUGGUGGUGAGCAGUAGUAGCAUUAAGCAAGGCCAACUUACGAAUGCUACCAACAUGCAGGCACCAAGCCAACAGCAUCAUCCGGGAAAUUCGGUACAGAACAUGCAAAACGGUCCAAUAAUGAACAGAGUAGCGAUCGAGCAACACCUGAAUACAAGGGCGCAGAGGCCGCACGGCGUCCCGAACUUGGGGGCGCCGCGCAUGCAGCCCCCUAAUCUCAUACAGAUGGGACCGAUGUCCCAGAGUUUACCUGUAAAUACUCCAUAUUCUUAUCCUAACCCCACUCAAGGACCACAAGGUGUUCAAGCUGGCGGCAACAUCAACGCCCCCCAACAUCUAAGCAGAAUGGGUUUGCCCCAAAGGUUCGGGGGUCCAGCGGCCGUUGGAAAUCAGACGGUGGGGGAAGGCGGCAUAGCGCAGACGCAACCGCCCGCCCCUUCGCCCGCCCAACCACAGUCGGGCGCUCCUAGUGGAUCUCAACCCGGUCCUCAGGCGGCCACCCAAAAUCCCCAAGGGGCGCCACCACCAUCUAGCGACCCGGAAAAGCGGAAGCUGAUACAGCAACAACUGGUUCUACUACUGCACGCGCAUAAGUGUCAGCGUCGCGAGGCGCAGGCGAACGGCGAGGCGCAGAAUAACCCCUGCACGUUGCCCCAUUGCAAGACCAUGAAGAACGUACUGAAUCACAUGACGACCUGUCAGGCGGGAAAGAGUUGUUCGGUUGCGCAUUGCAGUUCCUCGCGACAGAUAAUCAGCCAUUGGAAGCACUGCAUAAGGAACGAUUGCCCGGUUUGUCUGCCCCUCAAGCAGGCCGACAAAAGCAGGAAUAAUGCCGCCGCCCAGGCCAACAUCACGCAGAACAACGCCGCCGCGGCCGCCACCACGGCUGCGGCCAACCAGAACCCGGACCUGAGGAGGGUGUACGACACGCUGGGCAUCCAAUACUCUACGGCGAUGUCUCUGUCCACCGCCACCCCCGGCCUGAUGACGAACACGACGCAGCGGCCGAACAUCAGGUUGCAGGGCCCCAUAUCGCUGGGCGGCCAGAACAUGGGCAACGUGGGCGCCGUGCGGGUGAUGAACCCGCAGGUGCAGGUGAUACCGAGCGUGAACGUCAGCCAGCCCCUGAGCAGCGAUCCGUCGUCGAACGCGUCGCAGACGUCGUCGUCGCAAUCGACCAGCAUGCAACAGGGCGUCAGUAACGUCAUGUUCGGUCUGACGUGUAGCGGGGAGUCGCUGUCGCAGAAUCUGGUCGGUCAGCUGCCACCCGGCAUACAAGCAGGACAGGUGACGGCCAACCCGGUGCAAGGAACGAAGGAAUGGCAUCAGUCGGUCACGCCCGACCUACGCAACCACCUGGUCCACAAAUUGGUGCAGGCCAUAUUCCCCACUCCGGAUCCGCAGGCGAUGCUCGACAAGAGGAUGCACAACCUUGUCGCGUACGCCAGGAAGGUCGAAGGGGACAUGUACGAGAUGGCCAAUUCGCGGUCCGAGUACUACCAUCUGCUCGCCGAGAAGAUCUACAAGAUACAGAAGGAGUUGGAGGAGAAGAGGAUCAAGAGGAAGGAGCAGCAGAUGCAGCAGCAGCAGGUGCCCAAUCAGCAGCAGGUGCAGCAGCAGGCUCAACAGCAGGCUCAGCAACAGCAGCAGCAGCAGACGAUCAGGGCUGGAUUGUCUGGUGUUGUGAACGUUGGCGUUGUACCGAUGUCUGUGGGCGUAUCGGGAAUACCGGCCGGUAUGGCCCAACAAUCAAACCUGAGAAGUUGCUCGCCCAGCGGUACCAACCGCCUGGGUCAGCUUCCCAACCAGCAGCAGGGCAACCGGCUGCUCUAUCCCCUUCAACAGCAACAGGCGAACCAGGCGCAGCAGCAACAGGCCCAGCAGGCCAACCAGCAACAGCAGAACGUGGUCAGCCUGCCGGGGCCCAGUCCUACCUCUUCCAACGCCUCGGGGAUGGCGGGACUGUCGCCGUACGCCAUGCCCUCCUCCAUGUCCCAGGCGCCGGGCAGCGUGCCCACGCCCAACAACAACCAGUUCCAACAGACGGUCAGCAACGGUCCUGCCAGCCUGCCGCUCGCGUCGCCCGUUGGUUCCAACGGCAACGCGCAACAGAACCAGUUCGGCGAUUCGCUGAAGAACAGACUGGCCCCGUCGCCUUCCCCGAUGUCUAUGCAACAACAGCAGCAGCAACAACAACAGAACAUGUCUUCGUCGAAUCAGCAACCUCAGAACCAAGUGGGCAACGCCAACAGUAACAACGGUCAGGCGAUGCCGCCGAGGAUGGAGACCACGCCAGUACCGACGCCUCAUCCUCCGAGUACGGGUCCGAAAUCUGUCAAUUCGUCCAGGGGACCUUCGCCGGCGCCCGCGACGCCGAUACAGUCGUCACCGGCGACGGCGUCUAGUAUGGGCAAAGGCAUGAGCAGCGCGGAACGGGCGGCCAUGAACGCCCCCCGUCAAUCCUCCGCCUCCUCCCAGCUGGCGGCCAUAAUGGCGGCGCACGACCGCGACGAGGACUCGCCCUCCCCCUCGAACGGCCGCGGCGGCAAGCUCGACCAGGUGAAGCACGAGGACUCGAUGGUCGAGGUGAAGCAGGAGCCGGCGGACGACGCGGACGCCAGCCAGGACGGCGCCGGCUGCUCGGGCGGCGGCAAGAACAUGAAGAACAACGACUACUCGGGCGCGUCCGACUUCAAGACGGAGUUCAAGACCGAGAUGGGCGCGGACGCGAACGGCCAGGGCGAGGCGGGCGACGUCAAGAUGGAGAUCGCGGUCAAGGAGGAGCAGGGCGAGGGUUCGGGAGACGUCAAACCGAACGUCAACGAUAUACCGCUGGUGCCGAUAGCGAACGCGGCCGACGGGAAGCCGAGGAAAUGCAUUUUCCAACCAGACGAGCUCAGGCAGAAAUUGAUGCCGACCUUGGAGAAGCUCUACAGGUUAGACCCGGAGAGCAUGCCCUUCCGUGUGCCCGUUGACCCUCAAACCCUGGGCAUACCCGACUAUUUAGAGAUCAUCAAGAAACCCAUGGAUUUGUCCACGAUCAAGAAGAAGCUCGACAUGAAUCAGUACACGGACCCUUGGGAAUAUGUAGACGAUGUAUGGUUGAUGUUCGAUAACGCUUGGUUGUAUAACAGGAAGACGAGUAGGGUGUACAGAUAUUGCACCAAGUUAUCGGAGGUGUUUGAACAAGAAAUCGAUCCAGUAAUGCAGUCGAUGGGGUAUUGCUGCGGCCGAAAGUACACCUUCAAUCCACAAGUGUUGUGUUGCUUCGGCAAACAACUCUGUACAAUUCCCAAAGAUGCUAAAUAUUAUUGUUAUCAAAAUGGCUUGAACGCUUUAGGAUUAGGAUCGGAUAAGUAUACGUAUUGCCAAAAAUGUUUCAACGACAUACAGGGAGAUACUGUUACUAUUGGUGAUGACCCUAGCCAAGCUCAAACUGCCAUAAAGAAAGACCAAUUCAAGGAGAUGAAGAACGACCACCUCGAGAUGGAGGCUUUCGUCCACUGCACCGACUGCGGCCGCAAGCUGCACCAGAUAUGCGUGCUGCACAACGAGAACAUCUGGCCGCAGGGCUUCACCUGCGACGAGUGCCUGAAGAAGAAGGGCCAGAAGCGCAAGGAGAACAAGUUCAACGCGAAGAAGCUGCAGACGACCAAGCUGGGCGUGUACAUCGAGACGCGCGUCAACAACUACCUGAAGAAGAAGGAGGCGGGCGCGGGCGAGGUUCACAUACGGGUCGUGUCGAGCUCGGACAAGGUGGUCGAGGUGAAGCCGGGCAUGCGCGGCAAGUUCGUCGAGAGCGGCGAGCUGAGCGGCGAGUUCCCGUACCGCGCCAAGGCGCUCUUCGCGUUCGAGGAGGUGGACGGCGUCGACGUCUGCUUCUUCGGCAUGCACGUGCAGGAGUACGGCUCUGAGUGUCCGCAUCCGAACACGCGCCGCGUCUACAUCGCCUACCUCGAUUCGGUCCAUUUCUUCAAGCCGCGACAGUUCAGGACGGCCGUCUAUCACGAGAUACUGCUCGGUUACAUGGACUACGUCAAGCAGCUGGGUUACACGAUGGCGCACAUAUGGGCGUGUCCGCCCUCCGAGGGCGACGAUUACAUAUUCCACUGUCAUCCGCCCGACCAGAAGAUACCGAAGCCGAAGAGACUGCAAGACUGGUACAAGAAGAUGCUCGACAAGGGCAUCAUCGAACGAAUUGUUUUCGAUUACAAGGAUAUACUCAAACAAGCAAUGGAGGAAAACCUGAGGUCAGCUGCCGAUCUCCCUUACUUCGAGGGCGAUUUCUGGCCUAAUGUCCUUGAAGAAAGCAUAAAAGAAUUGAACCAAGAAGAGGAAGAGAAGAGGAAACAGGCAGAAGCCGCUGAGGCUGCCGCAAAUGCAAUAUUCUCGCUGUCGGAAGACAGUGAAACCGGACCCGACGGUAAAAAGAAGGGUCAAAAGAAGGCCAAAAAGAGCAAUAAAUCCAAAGCGAAUCAAAGAAAAAAUAGUAAGAAAUCAAAUACUCCACAGACGGGAAACGAUCUAUCUGCGAAGAUAUUCGCAACAAUGGAGAAGCACAAAGAGGUGUUCUUUGUGAUAAGGCUUCAUUCUGUACAGUCCGCCGCUAGUCUAUCAAAAAUCCAAGAUCCGGAUCCUUUCAUUCAAUGUGAUCUCAUGGAUGGCAGAGAUGCCUUCCUAACUUUGGCGAGGGAGAAACAUUACGAAUUUUCUUCGCUGAGGAGAGCUAAAUACAGCACUAUGUCCAUGCUUUACGAAUUACACAACCAAAGUCAAGAUAAAUUUGUUUAUACCUGUAAUAAUUGCAAGGCCCACGUGGAGACCAGAUACCACUGCAAGGUUUGCGACGACUUCGAUCUAUGUCUCCAGUGCUACGAGAAGGAUGGCCAUCCCCACAAGAUGGAGAAGCUCGGCUUCGAUCUGGACGACGGUUCUUCUCCGAGCGAUUCGAAACUUGCCAAUCCCAACGAGGCGAGGAAAUUGUCGAUACAGAGGUGUAUCCAUUCUCUGGUGCACGCCUGUCAGUGCAGGGACGCCAAUUGCCGGUUGACAAGUUGCUUGAAGAUGAAACGGGUCGUUACUCAUACAAAGAUGUGCAAGCGGAAAACGAACGGCGGAUGUCCCAUAUGCAAGCAGCUCAUCGCGCUGUGCUGCUAUCACGCCAAACAUUGCACGGAAACGAAAUGUCCGGUGCCGUUCUGCUCGAACAUAAAGCACAAGCUCAAGCAGCAGCAGCUGCAGCAGCGGCUGCAACAGGCGCAGCUGCUCAGGCGGCGCAUGGCCGUCAUGAACACGCGGACGAUGCCGCAGGGCGUGACGGCGGCCUCGCUGCCGGGCGCCGCGAACAGCGUCGGCAUGAGCCCGGUGGGCGGGGGCGUGCAGUCGGUGGUGCCGGGCGCCGUCAGCCCGGCCAACUCGAUAAACGUGAUGGGCCUGGGGAACGCGACCGGCCUCGGUCUGCAGGCGCCGCCCCAUCAGCCGGGCGUCGGCCUGAAGCCGGGCACGCAGACGCCGCCCGCCAACGUGAUGCAGGUGGUUAAGCAGGUGCAGGAGGAGGCGGCCAGACAGCAGGCGCCGCACGUCGGCUUCGGCAAGGUGAACCCGGGCGGCGGCCUUCAGGGCCAGAACAUGCCGCCGCCGCAGAUCAGGUCGCUCGGACACGUCGGACCCGCCCAAGGCGGCAACCACUUGCUAUCUAUGGAUCAAUGGCAACGCUACCCGGGCAGCGUAGGCCAGGGCAUCAGACAACAAGGGCCGCAGAUAAUGCAGUCGCAGAACGCGAUAGGUCAGCAGGCGAUGCAAGGUCAACAGGGCGGAGUGAGGCCCACCGGCGCCGGACCCCAAAAUCCGAACGCCAUGAUGCAGAAGCAGGCCUUGCAACAGCUCAUGCUGACCCUCAGAUCGCCGCAGUCGAACGAGCAACAAGCGCAGAUACUUCAAAUACUCAAGUCGAACCCUCCCCUGAUGGCGGCCUUCAUAAAACAAAGACAGCAACAGGCGCAGUUGCAGCAACAGGCGGGAGGCGCUGUGGGCGGCGCGGCGCCCCAGCAACUACAACACAUACUCAGCCAGCAGAACCCGGCCGCCCAGCAGCACCAGAACAGGCUGCAGCUCCAGGGCGGCAUGCUGAACCAAGGACCAAACCCGAAUCUGAACCAGGGUCCGCAGGGCCAAUCACUGCCAAGCCAACAACACUGGCUACAACACAAGCAGAUGCUCGCGAUGCAACAGAGGACGCAACAGCAGCAGCAGCAGCAGCAUCAGGGUCAACAGCUGCAGCAGACGUUCCAACAACCGUCCGCGCCACCAUCGUAUCAACAGAGACUUCCAGCCAUACGACAGCCGCACAUGGGAUACAACAAUUCCUUCGCGGACCAGUCGUAUUCCUCGAUGCAAGGCCUGAAACCCACCCCGCCCCCUGUACAAAGCCCCCAGGGCGUGAUGGGUCCACCGCCUAUAUCCUCCCUACAACAGCAGCAGCAGCAGUUGAUGCAGAGCGUGAGGAGUCCGCCGCCCAUCCGGAGCCCGACGCCCAGCCCGUCGUCCAGACCGAUGCCCAGUCCCAGGAAUCAGGCGAUACCAAGCCCGCGUGGACCCCAACAGUCGCCCCACGAUUUAGCCGCAUCCGAAAUGCUUCUGGGCCAGAACCACGCAGGUAGUGGUCUGCAUCCGCACCCCUCGCCGGUCGGUUCUAGUCAAGAGGUCGGAGAUUCCUCGACGAUGACUCCUCAGGAUCAGCUAAGCAAGUUUGUGGAACAGCUUUAGUGGUGAGUUAUGGCUCGGGUGAGAAGAUCCUGAGAUGAGACGUUAGUGAGAUUUUUGUUGCAUUAAAUGGUACCACCGAAUUUGACUUUGGACGAAUGAUGAUGAUGAUGAUGACUGAAUUGGACAUGGAUGGAGCAGCCCGCUGUAUAGCUUCGCCUAAGUUGAAGAACCUUUUAAUGACAAAAGUAAAAAACAAAGUGUAAUUGUACAUAGAUUAUGUAGAAUACAAAAGACUGGAGAAAUUUUUAUUAUCAAAGUGUAAAUAUGUUUAAUAAUAGCACAUUUGUAUAUUAUAUACAUACAUUAUAAAUACCUUAUACAUAAUUAUGAAAAUAUAAAAUUAGCGAUAUGUUUACCUAAUUUAGGUUAUGAUGAAAAAUACCCAAAAGUAUUGGCUUUUUGAGGCUGUGCUCUUAACUUAAUGGAUUGUUACCUACUCAAGGGAGGCGGACGACUAGGGGUUGAGCUAUGAGCGUGCUGCUGUUGACUUUGAAUUGUUUUUUUUUUUUUACACAUCAAUGGUACCGCGAGGUGACCACGGUUAGUGUAUAGCUAUUUUUACCGAGAGACUGUUGGUGUCGUGUCGGUAGCUAUUGUGAUGGGGCCGGUUGGUUCCCGUUUGUUUUUAUAUAUAAUAUAUAUAUAUUUAUAAUUUAUAUAUCGUCUUGUUUUCGUGUGUUUUACAUUCCACGCCAGUGUGGAGUGGUGCUGGCACCCUGACAAUCUUGACCCUGCCAGUGCAAUACUUACACUACACUCCCUCCUAAUUUAUUAUUGAUCAUAAUUCGUGUAGAUUAACUAGUGUUAAGUAUUAUAUAAAAAAGAGAAAUAAACAUAAUUCAACAAAUAUAUUACCUUCUCUCUGCGAUUAUACAUAAAAUUUUUAUUUUUAUUAAUAAGGGUUUUAUUUUGUUUUCCUUAUUUUUUUUCAAUUUCGUUUUGACCAUGUAAAAGCAGUACCGGAUUCAGUUCAGAUCAGCGAAGCUAAAUUUAUUGAUUGUAUAUUUUAAAUUAAUGAAAUUCAAUUCAUGAUGUUGAUAUUCAAUAGUCAAUCUCUACUGGAGUAAUUAAUAUUUGAUGAAUAAAAAUUAUUCUUUAUUAUAA